GACUGUGUUUCAGGGAACCGACAACAAACAUCUGCGCUCUGUGUAGGACGGCAACUGUGUAGUUUAUAGUCUUGGAUUACAGCUUUUCUACUUAAAAACAAUUGGUUAAAAUUAUUGACACUUUCCUGCGGACUUUCCUGUCCCGAGCUGCGAUGGCAGGCUGAUGCUCCAGGCGCUGUAUCGCCCACGCUUGUCACCCCGAGCAUCCCGUCCGGAAAACACCACUGUGGAUGCCUUAAAUCAUGAGCGUCGCGGGACCUCAGUCGAGGCAAGCCAAUGGAGUGGCCAGAUCGGACAGCAAGAUCAGCGCCAAGGCCCUCUAUGAACAGAGGAAAAAGUACUCCAACUCCAAUUAUAUCAUGCAUGAGACGUCGCAGUAUCAUGUAGAGCAUCUCUCCACGUUCAUUAUGGACAAGACAGAGUCCAUUGUCACAGUCGACGAUGCUAUCAAGAAACUGGUCCUUCUUGAUACAAAAGACAAAAUCUGGACCCAGGAGAUGCUGCUGCAGGUCACCGACAAGGCGGUCAGGCUUCUGGACUGUGACACACAGGAGGAGUUGGAAAACUUCCCUCUCCCCACCAUCCACAUGAGCCAGACAGUCCUGAAUCAGACACGGUACCCCUCCGUGCUGCUGCUGGUGUGUCAGGACAAGGAGCAGCACAAACCUGACAUCCACUUCUUCCACUGUGAUGAGGUGGAGGCUGAGAUGGUUCAUGCAGAUAUAGACAGUGCCAUUGGAGACAACAAACAUGGAAAGAAAAUGAGGCUUCAGACUCUGAAGGUGAACCAGGAGAAAAUGAAGCGUCACAGGGAAACCAUCCUCCCCCCCUCAGCUCCUAAGGGCCCCUCACCUGCUGCAAAAGGACGUGUUGCAGCCAUGAACACACAGGUAGAUCCACGAGCCUCUGGACAAAAUGACGCAGAGUCACAUGAAAAGCUGGCCCAGCGCAUUGAGAAGGAUGUGCAAAUCCUCAACUGUGCCCUGGAUGACAUAGAGAUCUUUGUAGCACGGCUGCAAAAGGCAGCAGAGGCCUUUUCUCAGCUCAACCAUCGCAACAAGAGUAAGAAGAAUAAGAAGAAAGGACCAGCAGAGGGCAUGCUGACCCUGCGAGCCAAGCCCCCCUCUGAAGCAGAGUUCAUUGAUAGCCUGGAGAAACUGAAGCUGGCCCUCAACCUCUUGGCCAAGCUGAGGAAGCACAUACAGAAUCCAAGCGCAUCUGAGCUGGUUCAUUUCCUCUUCGGCCCUCUGGAGCUGGUGCUGCAGAGCUGUGGGAGUCCUGACCUGGCGCGGUCAAUAAUCUCCCCUCACCUCGCAAGAGACACUGUCGACUUCCUGCGGGGACACCUGACCCCCAAAGAGAUGACCAUCUUUGAGCUGCUGGGGGAAGGGUGGACCAAACCCAGAGCGGAGUGGCCGAGGGAUCAGUGCGCUCCUCCUUAUCACCCAAAGUUUCGUAAUGGCUGGGAGCCGCCUGCUGAGCUCCUCAGGAUGGCCUCAUGGGAAACAGAGGGGCCCAUGGGACCACUGGGGUCUCCCACCAGGCACUCAGCUAAAGAUUAUUAUGGAACUCAUUCCUCAAGUUCGUCAAAUGGGUCCUACAAUGGGAUGUCCCGCAAAUUUGCCAAACCCUGCUACAACUUUGUCGCACGGAAUGCCAACGAGCUGUCAGUGCUGCAGGACGAAAUCCUCGAGGUGAUCGAGGAUGACAAACAGUGGUGGAAACUACGGAAUCGCAGCGGACAGACCGGCUUCGUCCCGUUUAACAUGCUGGAGGUCGUGAAGAUCGAGGAGCCGGGGGCCAUCUACAGCCAGCAGGGCUACAGGACGUCCCCUCCUGGUUCUCUGAGCCAUGGAGACAGCUUCAACAAGGGACCCAAAGACCAAAUGAUGGAUCAGGUGAACACUGAGCUAUUAAAAAAGAUCACUGAAAACAAGCAGCCGGCCAGGAAGUACCACGUGGAGCGAUCAUCCGGCAUACCGCUCCCCUUCGACUCAAAGCCAGAGCAGGUGACCGCAUGGCUCCGCGCAAAAGGUUUCUCACAACCGACUGUUGAAUGUUUGGGGAUCCUGACUGGAGCCCAACUUUUUUCCCUCAACAAAGAAGAACUGAUGACGGUGUGCGGAGACGAAGGCCGCAGAGUCUUCUCACAGGUCACCGUGCAGAAAGAACAGCUCGAGAAGAGCAGUGGAGACUCAGAGCUGCAGGAGAUCAUGAAGCGGCGGCAGGAGAGGAUCAACUCGGGCAGCAAAGACUGAACCUGCCGAGCAGCACGACCCCUCCACGAGGUUUCACUCUCUCAACUGCAACAGCUUCUUCAAUCAGUCUACUGUUAAUUAUGGCUUACAGUAGAACAUAUUGGAAUGUUGUAUACAUUUUUAAUUGAAUAUUUAUUUUGUAUCAUCCACUGUGUAUGUACUCCAGUGUUUUCUUAUCAAAUCAUGUUGCUUUUUGUCUCAUUAAAUUUUGUUGUUGUAUGAAAAGAGGAACAUAUGGAUCUAUGUACAGUUUUGUGUGUGUGUGUGUGUGUGUGUGUGUGUGUGUGUGGGAGCAUGUGUAAACACAACAUGCAUGUAACGUACAAAUCUGUACGGGCAGUGUGGUAAAUGUUUCUGCUCAUUGUCGAUAUUGCAGCUGUUUACUGAAUGACUUAAAUAAGUAGAUCUUAGCUAUCGCAUAUCUAAAUCUGUGCCACAAUGUUUGACACAUUUUCUGAUAUAUAGCCAAUUA